AUGGCUCUGCACCUGUUAAUAAAGAUAUUUGAGAAGAACCCUACCAAGAUCAAGAAUUAUGGUAUAUGGCUCUGCUACCAAAGUCGUACUGGUUAUCAUAACAUGUACAAGGAAUACCGUGACACUAUUCUAAACGGAGCUGUUGAACAAAAGUACACUAAGAUCGUUUCUCGCCACAGAGUCCGAUUACCAUGUAUCCAGAUUAUCAAGACUGCAACUAUCCCAGCCAAGCUAUGCAAGAGAGAUAGCACCAAGCAGCUCCACAACUCCAAAAUCAAGUUCCCAUUGGUGUUCAAUAAGGUAAGGUCGCCUACCAGGAAGCUGAAGACCACUUACAAGGCAUCAAAGCCUAACUUGUUUAAGUUCUCUCAUUGCAAUGAAAAGAGAGUUAAUGUGGUUUAUGGUUCUAAAAUUUUUGGUAGUGAACAUCUGUUAGUUUGUUGA